CGCAUGCGCCCUCGGCCUCUCGCGCGCUGUCUUCUCGGGCUCGUCGGUGUCGACGAGUUCCCGGGAGCUGCCGCAGCCUCGCGCCGCGGCCGUUGGCGACCGUUGACAGCCGUUCAGCCGCCCGCCAGCUUGCGGGGAGUAUGCCAGGCCGCGCCGCGCACCAGGAGGCGGCGGCGGCGGCGGCGGGGGGAACCGAGCCCACUGCAGCCGGGGGGAGCGCGGGGGCCGCCGCGCAGCAGGAGCAGCGGGGCCUGGCGGGGACCUUCCCGCUGGUGCUGAAGAAGCUGAUGGAGAACCCGCCGCGGGACGCGCGCCUGGAUAAAGAGAAGGAGAAGAUAAAGCUUGAGGAAGAUGAAGCAGCAGCUGCCAGCACUAUGGCAGUCUCAGCUUCCCUUAUGCCACCCAUUUGGGACAAGACUAUUCCUUAUGAUGGAGAGUCUUUCCACUUGGAAUACAUGGAUCUUGAUGAGUUCCUUCUGGAGAAUGGAAUUCCUUCCAGCCCUACUCACCUGGAUUUGAACCAGAACCCGCUCUUGCCUGUAGCUGAGCUGGAAGGAAAGGAAUCUGCCAGUGCUUCCACUGGUUCACCUGCAUCCUCAACAUCUACUGCAGUUUACCAGCAAUCUGAAGCGGCCUCCAGCACAGAGUCCCCUCCACAAAAUGAGAGAAAUACUCCCAGUCCCAUUGAUCCUGACUGCGUAGAAGUUGAGGUGAAUUUUAACCCUGACCCUGCUGAUUUAGUGCUGUCCAGCGUGCCUGGUGGUGAGCUCUUCAAUCCUCGCAAGCACAAGUUUACUGAAGAGGACCUGAAACCACAGCCUAUGAUUAAAAAGGCUAAGAAGGUUUUUGUCCCAGAUGAGCAAAAGGAUGAAAAAUACUGGACAAGGCGGAAGAAGAACAAUGUGGCAGCAAAGCGUUCCCGUGAUGCUCGACGAUUAAAGGAGAAUCAAAUCACAAUUCGGGCAGCCUUCCUCGAGAAAGAGAAUACGGCCCUGAGGACGGAGGUUGCAGAGCUGCGCAAGGAAGUCGGGCGAUGCAAGAACAUUGUUUCUAAAUACGAGACCAGAUACGGACCCUUUGACUUAUCUGAUUCCGAGUGAUGCAACUUUAAAGACUUUUAAAAAACAAAGAAACUAAAAAGCACACAUGAAUCGCCAGUCUUCAGAGUGAGCGUGAAAUCUGUGAGGUGUCCCAACACAAACAACUGACGAUGACCCUGCCUGCCUGCUUGCCUGCAAGUACCCCAUCUGAACUACCCAGGGCUGGGCAUGAUGAAAAGUGCAAAGUCUCCUUAAUUCUGUAUAUGGCUUUCUUAUCCAUCUUUCUCACUGUAACUAUGAACUACAAUAAGCUUGCUUUACUGGGAUUUUGUCAAGACACUCAAAGUUCAUUUCUCCAAGUCUGUUGACAACCUGUGUGAAUAGUGACUCUUUGUUUUGGCACUUGAGUGAAAGAAAAUGGGGAGAUUUAAAUGGAAGUGGCUCUAUGUAUUAAGAACUGAUAUAUACAUAAAUAGUAAUUUUUCUUCCCCCCCUGCAGUAAAUACUGCAGCUCGCUCAUUUCUGGUACAGUGUAGCAUCUUGUAUUGUUAGUGCAGAACUGAAGAUACCAGGAAAAAAGAGUGAUCUAUAAGGUGUAAGACUUUCAGUGCAGGAAAGUACAGUAGAUCUAUUUGAAACAGACUAGUAAACACCACAGUGUGCCAUACAAAGAGUAGUAAUAAGCUCCUAUCAAAUGACUCAUGUAAUAGUAAAACACUUCAUUUGUUUUCCUGCCCCAUAGUUACACAGCUGUAACUUGCCUUUCCCCCCCCCCCCUUAUGAGGCUUGCUUUCUUCUAUGAUACCUUACUGAAGCAACAUCUCUUCUCCCUUUACUAUUCAGCAAUCAUGAAAAGGAUGUUGGUCUGGGCUGCUGAUCUCUGUAUCUUCCAGCAGUCCAACACUAUCAGAUGUGUUAAUCACCAAAACAAUGACCUAGCUACCAUCUUACAAUUUUGUCUCUUCUUGACCAUGGGAGCGCUGCAGUGGGGAACAAUCUGUUUUGUAAGUCUGAAACAGCCAAUGAUUUUGGGGGUUGCUGUGGACUGCUUAAACUAUUAAAACCCUUGUGCUGGUGUAGGGGAACAGAUGAAAGCUUGCACAGAUUGUGGGGAUGCUUGUGUUAGAAUAUGGAGGAAGUAGGUGGAAGUUCCUUUAAGAGUCUUACCAGCAUGACAAGAAUUUACUUUUAUACUGAGGAAGCUUAAGAACUAAAUUCAUGUGGGAAGAAAGAGUACUUAAAUUUUUGGAAGGUAGUAUAGGGCCAUGAAGAUGAAGAGCCACAAGAUGAAGCUUGUGAGACAGAAGUGAAAGAUGAUCAGUGAAUUUUCAUCUGGGGAUUAACAAGCAGCAUACUUUGAGGAGAAAUUCUUGGAAGUUUUCAGAAGCACAAGUGCCUAAAUAUGAGGCACAGUUAGUUACCAGCACAGUUUGACAUGCUUUUAUAUUGAACAAGUAUUUUAACUUUGCAUUUACCUGAGAGAUUCUGCCCUUAACUUCAUGGUAGAAAGGCAAAGACAAGAAGGGACAAAAAAAGCAGAUAGUGUUGUGAACUUUCAACAAACAACAACAAAACAGCUCUGGAAGACUUAAUCCUUGUAAAGGGCAUUUACAUGAAAUGCACAUCUUCACCUUUUUUUUUUGUUUUGUUUUAAUGGACCAUGUUAUUAAGUCAAAGUGCUUUUAACUUUUUUGCCCAGUUACAAGAGUAUAUUAAUGAAUAUACUUUUAUAAUUUGGGGCUCGAAAGUUCUGAGACAAUCUGUGGGUAUCCUAUUCAAAUAAUUAGCCCCACAUUGCUGAAAUGUCAAUAGAUAUCACUAACCGUGUCAAAUAUUGCAGAUUUGGACUGAUAUUUUUGGUAGGUACUGUUUUUUGUGUGGCUUUAUUUUGGUGAUAAAGGCCUUGCUAUUUUUUUAUCUCCUAAGAUACAGCAUGUAAAUAUAGCAAAUUUUCUUCUGUUAUUUUUUUUUCCAGUUAGCUUGGAAUGGCUAUUCUUGAAAGUCAUGCUUUUUAUUCAAACCACAAACUUAAAGGAUAUUGUAACUGAACACAGAGUCGCUAGUCCUUCAUUCAGGUCUUUCUGCUUUAGGAACAUCCUUUAAAUAUGCAAGUAUUGUGUACAGGAUUUGUUUUUGCAGUGUGUCAUGCUAUAUCAUUAGCAAAAUAUUUAGUUGGUAAGAAUAGUAUGAGCAAUUCUAUUUGCUUUUUGUAUUACAUCAAAACUUUAUACUAUGGGAACUAACAGUGAAUGUUUUAGACUUUUUCUUUCAGAGAAGACUGUUAGCAAACUCUUGUGCUUCCCUGUAGAACAGUACAAAGUUGCACAUUCUGAUUCAUGUAUCCACAGGUUGCAAAACUGGAAAAAUCACACUUCAGGGUGAGUGUAGUUGGAGGGUUUUUUUGUUUUUUUUUCUUUUUCCUAAGAAACAACAUCUUCAAAGAUAGCUGCAAUGCUAGUAAUUUUUUUUUAAAUGAAUACAGUUUUUCCUGGGCAAUACCUGUAUGUGCAAAGCUGAAUUCCUGUUUCAGUAUUUGCAGUCUCAGGAAGCUAGGCUUACAACUUCAGAGCUUUCCACUCUUUUCAGAAUAGUUAAAUAGUUAAUCUUAUUUCUUUUACUAGGAUAACUAUCCUAUCUUCGUAAGUUAUAAUGUUAAUAUAUUUUCCUUAGGGGUCAUAAGACCAAUAUUCUUUUAACUGAAUUUGAAUGUUAAAAGCUGCUGAACUGACACUUAGCAUCUGAAACUCUCUAACCAUGGAACAAGCUCUGUAUAGGCCAUAACUGUGCCUAAUAUCAAUGUACGCCAUUCCAGCUGUAAAGGGACCACCUCUAAGGGGAGGUAAUAAAGGGAGUUCACCUUUCAGCAUCACUGCAGGUAAAGGGAGCAGUUUGACACAGCUGUGCAUUUAUUAAGAAAUGGAUUGAAGCCAAUGGUCAUUCCACAUAGGCUGUCAAAUAACCAUUGCACAGUACUAUCUUUCAAAAUAUAUGAACUGUUUGAAUAUAUGAACAUAUAUACAAAAUAUAUGAAAGGUUUGUGGGGAGAGUGUUGUCUUAUGCUACAUCAGAAAUAGUCAAUAAGUGAUGCACAAAAUUCAAGCAGCAUUACUUUUGUACAUGGUCUCUUGAGAUGUAACUACAUUUAGAUUAUUAUAAUCAUUUUUGUAUUUAAAGAUUCCCUAGAAGUUCAAUUUAUCAUCUGUUGCCAUGUUCUGCUCCCACCAAAACCAAUAAUAAAGAUCUCCUUAAGUCCCACAGGAAAAGGUCUGUCUUCUCCGACAUGGUGAUCUUAAGGUUUAGGAAGCGCUGGAGUCAUAGGUGUCUUUGCUUUACUCUGGAGCACUCUGUGUUGGGACCAGGUAGAUGCAUCUCAGAUCACAGAUGUAAUGUUCGUGAACUGAUCCCUUCCCAUAUUUUAUUCGCUUACCCAAGCUAGUGAUACAUUUCUGAUAUUCAGGCAAUCUGAUGAAUUCAGUUAUUUUUUCCUCUUUUUUCUUGUUGCUUGGUAUGUGUGAAAAAGGUGCACAAUAAACUUGUGCUGGCAGAAGAAAUGUUUAAAAAGAGGAACCUGAAGUGUGGCAUUCUAUAGUUCUUUAGUAUUUUUUGUGUUGGCAUUUUUCCAUUUCUCUGCUAUGCUGUUUGAAAGCCCAAGAUGUUCUAUCUGUAGAGAUGACUUCCAGCAUGAUCUGUAGGAUUGCUACAGAUUGUACCAAAUUCAUUUCAAGUUAGAAGGUGCAGUGGAAUGCCAGCAGUUAGUUUUGGGUAUACUGUAGUAUAACUACUUGUUAUAGAAAAAUAUUUUGUGUAGGCAGCAGGAAAAAUGGACUUGCACGUAAGAGAACAUUGCUGCUUCAGUCUUGUAAACCUUUUCAGCCUCACAGGAUUAUGCUCCUUGUGAUCAGAUACCUCCACUCUCACUAAAAAUGAAGGUAUCUCAGACCUUUGUAAACUCUAGAUGGGUUUGUGUUUGUCCUUUAGAGUUUGAGAUGAUAAGUCCAAGAUGAGAAAUGCAAACUUCUCUUAAUAUAUAAAUCUAACAUUUUUGGUAACCUAUAUCUAAAUCCAUAAACAGCAAAUUGUUUGUUAAUGUUAGUGUUACGCCUUUGCAGCACUACAAGAUACCAGCUAGCUUUCUAGUUUGUCGUUUGUUUGUUUGGGUUUUUUAAUAUAAUUAUUCCUCUGAUCUGUGUAUUUACCAGUGUAACGUGAUGAAGAUAAACCCUCAGUGAAAGAUUGGGUAAAGAGUAGAAAAAAAUAAGCCUAACUAAACUCCUGUGGAGAUGUUAACAUAAUGCUAACUGAGAAAUUAUAAUGAUUUAAUUUUUGAUAAUGCAGAUCCGUGAUAAAGAAUGCAAUUUGUUAGUUUGGUUGUAUGUUAUUCUUUACAGUAGUUCACUACUGGAAUGCAAACCUAAAGUUCAAGCAGCUCAGGGGAAAGAGAAGCUUUUGAAAAAAGUACGGAUAGGAAAAAACAUAGAUACUUGGCAAGGAUGAUAAAGAAUGAAAGCGGAAAUACAGAGAGUGAGGCAAGGUACUGGCCUGAACCAGAUUGCUAAAACUGAAGCCUUACCAUUUCCAGUUUUAGGACACUUUUAGGACACCUCAGUUUGGCAUCAUAUAGAAGAUACACACUUGUUUAGAUUUUGAGAAUCUCCUUUUCUUGUUCUCAUUUCCACAGUUCAGAAGAAAGUGAAAAGGAUCUAAAGAUAAGGAGGAGGGUUAUUGCAGAAAGGCAUGAAAAAUAGGUAUUGCUUUAACAGUGUGCUAUUCCACUGAGACUUGUCCUGCCCGUAUGAAGCUGUAUAGGAUAAUGCUGUGUCAUGGGGAAAUUACUGUCUGAGGCCCCAAUAUUUUAAGGCCUCAAUUCUGCUGUCAGUUCUGCAUGGGAUGAGCCCUGUAUCUGUACAAAACCACAUGGACUUUUACAGGAUCUAUUUAUGAAUGUGAAGCUCUGCCCAGUCAGUCAGCUGCAGAAUUGUGUUCUUAACAUGUGAUCAGUUGUAGUUACAUGGCUGUUUAUAGUAAUUGUAAUUUGGGUGCCUAUUAUGUAGCCAAAACCCUUGUUAAUUCACUUUUCCCAACUAAAGCAUGAACAGAAGCUCUUUGCUGUACAACAUCUGUAAAAAUGUACUUCAUAUUUGUCUAGUAAAUUAAGGCAUGUGAUUUUGGGCCGUGGGUCUCAACAGACUUUGCUCAUGUACUUGCCUGAAUAUUUUCCUAGAUUUGCAGCCAUGUCUCAGUAUGAAGGUAUGGGGGAUUUGUUUACCUGAGUGAAUGGAAUAGCAGCUCUCAUCUGUCCCAGCACAGGUGUCUGCAUGCUACUGGUCAGGAUCAUAGAAGGAUGCAUCUUCUGCACUUUUAUGUGAAAUUGUCUAAAAUAUGGUGAUUAACAUGAUUAUUGGAAUACUGUAUUUUGUAUAACUUAGAGUAUGUAAAUACACUUUUAAAACUAAUCUGUUCUAUGAAGUAAUAAAUAAGUGCUUCCAUUGUAAUAUCUGAAUAUUGUUAAUGCUUCAUGUAGCUUGACUUGGGAAUUUUUUCCUAGAGAACUACAGAAAUCAAAACAAAGUGAUGUUGUGGAAUUCUAGUCUAGUUGUGAUCCUUUCUAUCAGCAAAAAAAAUGUUUUUAAAAAUAAUGAGCUAUACUUAAGCAGAAACUGAUAAAUUGAGGGAACUGAUUCCCUUUAAGUCUCUCUUUAACAGUAGUCACUGUUACAUUCAUAGUUUUAUUCUUCCCAUCCCCUUUGCUGGACAGUUAACUUGUUCACCAGCUGCAUCUGAAAGUGGCAAUAUUAAAUGGCUUAUAAAGCUUAGUCAUUGAGGAAAAUGAAA